GAUAUUUAAUAUAAAUUAAUUUAAUUUGUAUAAUUGACUCUUUUUUUGACUUUAUUCGUAGUAAGUGCAAUUAAGCAUUUAAUUAUCAAAUUAUUAAAUAUAAUUAGAUCUCUAAUAAGUUGAGAGAAUAAAUGGAAGAACAAUAAGAUUAAGUUCAGUAGACAGACCCAUUUGUUGGGGUUGGAAGAAAAAGUAACAUAGAAGAAUACAAAUAAAGUGACAUAUUUGAAAGAGAUUUGGCUGAAUUUUCAAGGCAUUCUAUUUAAUUUCUUGAAUUUUGUGACUAAUAAUAAGAAAUUAGUGAAGAUUAAUUGAAUUAGAAUAAAUUUUUAAUCUAUGAUAUGACUUAUGAUAAAAAAUAUAACAUGAUAAAAGAUGGUGAAGAAUUAAAAGAAUUAUUUUUGAAAUUAAACUCAUGCAAUUAAAUGAAAGAUUUAUGGAAGACAUACUGGAAACAAGUAAUGUAAAACACUGAAUUAUUUUGGGAUUAUUGUGAAAGCGGUGAUUUGCAAAAACUGGACUAAUUACUUGAGAAGAAAAUGAUCAACAUAAAUGCGACGUCCAGAGACAAUUACAAUGCUGCUCACUAUGCAUGCAUUCAUGGAAAUAGACAAAUUUUAGAAAGACUAAACUAAAUUGGUUGCAAUUUUUAGGCUGUCACUUCUUUUGGAAGAACAGUUUUGCAUCUGGCGAGCAUUAGGGGAUCUUUAGAAUGUGUAUAGUAUAUAUUGGAAAAUAAUCUAUGCGAUAUUAAUCAGUAAGACCACUCCAAGAGUACUGCUCUUCAUUAUGCAUCUGCUAACAAUCAUGAUUAAAUAGUUAAAAUUCUUCUUGAUCAUAAAAUAGAUGCUUCUGUAAAGAACGAUUAGGGAUUGUGUGCUGAGGAUCUUUUAUAUGGGAUUAAUACUUUUAAUAUUUUCGAUUCUUACAAUAGUUCACUAAUAUCAAAUAGUAUUAAUAGCUAAGAAACAAGGUAUUACUCUAAAUAUUCAAUAGCUGGUUCAGUAGUUAGACCUGGAAGAAGUGAUCAAGUCAUGAAACUUCUUUAAAAUUGCUAAUAGCACAAAAAACUGAAGUAAUGUCUUUUGAAAAGUAGCUUUAUGUCAGAUCAAGACAUAAUAUCAAAAGACGACUUUCUGUUAAUAAGAUAAUUAGGUACAGGAGGUUUUGGUGAAGUUAACUUAGUAUAAUAUAUGAAAAAUAAAUAAUUUUAUGCAAUAAAAAUAAUGAGGAAAGAUAUGAUUAUCAGAAGAUCAGCUGAAAAAUAUAUUAUACAAGAAAGGUAAACUCUUGAAAAAAUUAAGGGUCAUCCAUUUGUUUGCUAGCUUCAUUUUGCUUUUUAGGAUAUCAAUUUCCUGUAUUUAGUGCUAGAAUAUAUAUAAGGAGAAGAUCUAAGCAAACUUUUAUUCAGAGGCGAUAGCCUGGAAGAAGAUAUUGCUAGAAUGUACAUCGCAGAACUAGUCUUAGCAAUAGAGUUUCUUCAUAAUAAGGGAAUCAUAUAUAGAGACUUAAAACCUGAAAAUGUACUUAUUGAUAUAGAUGGACAUAUUAAACUUGUAGAUUUUGGGUUGGUUAAAACAGGAAUGAAUAGAAGAAAAAAAACAAAGUCUUUUUGUGGUACUCCUUCAUAUUUAUCUCCUGAAAUGAUAAAACAAAAAGGACACAAUCAUGCAGUAGAUUGGUAUGGUGUUGGCAUUUUAACUUAUGAGCUAUUAUAUGGAGAGAACCCAUUUUAAGGAAAUGAUGCCAAAUAAGUAUUUAAUAGCGUUCAGAAUAAGAGAUUAAACAAACCUUCAGGACUUUCAUAAGAAGGUUGGGAUUUUAUUUAAAAGUUAAUGUGCAAAGAUCCCUCUAAAAGGCUAGGCACAUAAAGUUCUGAUGAAGUAAAAAAUCAUCCAUGGUUUAAAAAUAUAAACUGGGAAGAUGUUUAUCAAAAAAAAUUGAAGGUGCCAUAAUAUUCUUGGAUGAAAGAUAAUUUCUUGCAAAACAUUUUAAAAAAUAUAAAGCAGAAUGCAGAUAGAUAGAGGUAAAUUUAAUAAAAUUAUGAUGAUUUUGAAUUCGAGGAUAUGGAAAUUCAGCAAUCAAAUACCACAGUAUAAACAGAAUUAGCUUAAUCAAUAGGAAGCAAUCCUUGUCAAGCACCUUACUUUUACAAUUGGACUUUCUUUUGAAUGAAAGUUAAAAUUAUUUAUAAAGCAAAAAAAAUAAUAAUAAACAAAAAAAACAAAAAACAACUUGAAUUAUUCUUCUAAAACAAAGAUUAAUUAAUAAUUAAGUUAUAAUAUACCCUAAAAAUAUAAUAAAUAAAUAAAUAAAUAACAAAUUAAUUUAUUAGAUUUAAAAAAAUUCAAAACCCAAAUUUUUCACUCUAUACACCCGGUUAUCUACCAUAAAUUAUGUAUCCUUAACUCAAUAAUUUAAAUUUAUCUUUCAAUGUAUUACUCUGUAUUUAGAAUUUAUUUAUCAUUUAUUAUUUUUCCACUUUAUGCAAAAACUUUAUUUCCUUCA